UGCCCACUCCCCUUGGCUAUCUCUGAAGGGGACAGCUGAUUCUAGGUGAUGGAAAUGGAGCGGGGCAGGGAAGCCGAGGCAGGUGCAGGAUGGGUGGGGCUGGAUCCUGUGCUUUGUCUUCAGGUGUUUGCGGAACCCCGGGUUGGGGGUGGGAGGGUGCUGACUCCAAGGCCCCAGAGUCCUUGCACAGAGCAGCUGCCUGACUGACUGCCCAGUCCCCCAGCAAAGCAACUGAAAUAGAGGCAGCAGUUUAGAUCCUGUGGCUCCAUCCAGCCUUCCAUGCAGCCACUGAAGAUGGCCCUGCAGCUCCUGCUCCAUGUGGCCUUCCUCAGGCUCAGCGCCACCGCCGGGCCCUCGGUCCAGGGGCGGGACUUUAGAACACCGGCAGUUGCCUGGCCAUCCUACUUCGACCUCAACUGGCCCCAGGAGGGUCAGGAAACCAUCCAGAUUCCGAACAACGGGAGCGCGCCCCUGCUCGUGGACGUGCGGGUGUUUGUGUCCAACGUGUUUAACGUGGACAUCCUGCGGUACACAGUGUCCUCCAUGCUGCUGCUUCGGCUGUCCUGGCUGGACACUCGCCUGGCCUGGAACGCGAGUGUGCGCCCACGGCGUGCAGUCACACUGCCCUGGGACUCACUCUGGACUCCAGGACUCACCAUCCAGGAGGCGCUCUGGGUGGACUGGCAGGAUCAGAGCCCAAGGGCCCGAGUGGACCCCGACGGCCACGUUGACCUGUACUUGACCCUCACCACCGAGACCAACUGUGAUUUUGAGCUCCUCCACUUCCCCAGGGACCAGAGUGACUGCAACCUCAGCUUCUACGCUCUCGGCAACACUGCCCUGGAGCUGGAGUUCCGGGCACAUGCGGUGAACGAGAUUGUGAGCGUCAAGAGGGAAUACGUAGUUCGGGAUCUGAAAACCCAAGUCCCACCCCAGCAGCUGGUGCCCUGCUUCCAGGUGACGCUGCGCCUGCAGAACACAGCGCUGAAGGCCAUCAUAGCUCUGCUGGUACCCGGGGAGGCCCUGCUGUUGGCUGACAUGUGCGGGGGGCUACUGCCCCUCCAGGCCACCGAGCGCAUUGCCUACAAGGUGACCCUGCUGCUGGGCUACCUGGUCUUCCACUCCUCCCUGGUGCAGGCCCUGCCCAGCUCCUCCUCCUGCAACCCACUGCUCAUUUACUACUUCACUGUGCUGCUGCUGCUGCUCUUUGCCAGCACCAUGGAGACCGUGCUGCUGGCCGCGCUGCUGGCCCGGGGCGACCUCAGGGCCAAGAGUGGCCCCAGCCCGACCCCUAGAGCGGAGCAGCACGGUCACGGGGACUCAGAGCCAAAUCCUGAAGGAGCCCCCAGAGUGAAGGGGUCGAGAAGGAGCCAGGCCGAGGCUGCUGACCACGUCUUCUUCCUGGUGUAUGUGGUGGGUGUAGUGUGCAGCCAGUUUUUCUUCAUCGGGCUCUGGAUGUGGGCGACGUGCAAGUCUGACCCAGCUCCCGGCAAGGCCGUGCCCCAUGGUGGGCAGCCCAGGCUGUGACAGCUCAGGGCCCGGGGCUACGCACCCAGGGGAAGGGCCAUGACAGCGUCUCUGGAGAAAGGAGGAGGCCAACUCUUCUCCGAAGCCCAGAGGAUCCCAGGCCACCCUGAGUUCUCCCUUCUGAUAGCCGUGAAAGCAGAGCGUGAAAUAAACCCCUUAUCACCCAAGUGAUGUGUGCACGUGCACCUCAAGCAUCUGU